UCACAUAUAGGAAGCUGAAGUACUAAUUUCACUAAAAUAUUCAAAAUGUUAAAUGUAGAACUAAGAAUACAGAUAGCUAGUCAAGUUGAAUAUAGGACUCUCAGCUAUAAACAAAAAUAAACUAAAAUUCAAAUUUGCAAAAACUGUGUGGUGUUUUAGCAUUUAAUUACUAAUCCUAAUUUGAGAGAAGUAAUAGACUGAAGUUUUAAAUUACAUUUUUUUUACUAAUUGAUUGAAUGCCUUUGAGUGACUAUUUACAUUUUUCGAUAUAGAGUGUUAGAAUGUUGUGUGAUCAAGUAGUCUAAGAUGCUAACUAUACUUAGUUAUGCUUUCAAACCAAAACAAAAAAAACUGUACUUAGUUGUGCCUGUAUUCUGACCCGUGGUAUAUUUCCUUCUUCUACUUGUUGGAGCACACCAUAGUUACCCUUCUUUAAGCACAAUAUAGUUUAAAUUUGAACUUGAUGAGUAGUCGAAUGAUUAGAACAUGUGUGACAUAUAUGGCUGUGGAUUUUACUCAAUGCCGAAAGAAAUAUUUGUGUCCAUAAUUGUUCGGAUCCGACUCAUCUUGUAUUGAUCUUCUGUGUUACCAUAUUUGUAUAUAUACAUCACAACCAUAUGUAUCCAACUCCAAAAGAAAACAUGAAAUCAAAUAAAGGGCCAAGAUAUAUACGCGUAACUGAUCCGAUUGCACCCCUACUUUUAUUCUCCUUCAGUCAUAUAUACUGUUAUUUUCUUUUAUCUUUUUGGAAGACAUUUUUUCUUGGCUGUAGCUGUAACACAGACUCGUGACUAUAUUUCUGUAACUUACCUGAAAUUUCCCUCAGGUUGUUCAAUGACUUGGAGUCAGCGGCCAAACCAUUUGACAACAUUUCUCUGUAUUUUGGGGAAAUGAAAAGAUCACUUUUUCCUUCCAAAUUUGCUGCGCAGCCUGAAAAGGAGGAUGAGAAAGAUAUGAGUUUGCUGUAUCAGCUGCCUUUAUCCUUAAAAGUGUUAACUAUAUAUCCGGCCUAUAUAAUGAGCUUUGCACUGAUCCUCAAGGCGAUCUCGCCGGUUGUCUUUUUUGUGAUACCAUUUUGGCGCUUGAAUUCCGACUAUGGUGUCAGCGGUGGGGACAACAGCCAAGCAAGCUUGAGACCGGCACUGGCUAUCUUUUAUACGCUGGUUUUGACGCAAGGUUUGCUCGGCAUUUACGUCGGCUCCAUCUCAUUAAUUACGGGGAGACAGAUUUUCACACAAUUGCAAGGGCGAUGCAACUUCCCCAAGGAGUGGGCACGAAAAGCACUUAGAAGAUACAUGUGGGAUACCGUAGACAAAUGCAAGAGGGACCCUGCAUCCAUCCAGAAUAUGAAUCUUUUCCUGCAUGCUUCUAAGUUGGUGAGCUCAGAUUCAUGGGAAGAUUACAAUGACGGACUGAAGGUGGUCGCUGCUUUGGUCAAGCAAGGAUUCCAAGUUUCCGGCAAAUACAUUCUUCCUUGCAGGCCAACGGUUCAAAAGCUUAUCGACACACUGGGGUUUAGAUCCUCUAACGACGAAGGUGUGAGACACAUGAGGGAGUUUGCGGCUACGAUCGUGGCUGAUUUUGCAAACGACCUCCAUCUGAUCAACUUCCCCGGAGCAAUAAGGUGCAUAUCCUCCCUUCUCGAAACCACACACGAGGGGGUUGGAGUUACCAGCAAUGAGCUGAUCCUUCAAGGCCUCAAGAUCCUUGAGAAGCUAGCGUUUGACCACCACAGCUGCGAGGUGAUAUGCAGGGCGCCUGGUCUCCUCUCCAAGAUCAUGGAGCCUGUCUACUCCAACACGUUGAUACAAGAAACCAUGGCACUUCCAAGGGCUAGUGUGGUAAAUGGAUCCUUCAAAGUGGUACACCGGCUCAUUCGCAACCCCGGGGAGGCUGGCACAGCGCUGCGCUGCGAGAUCUCCUCUAGUAAGCAAGCGGUAAGCAACCUGGAGAGGAUUAUUCAGGAUGGCACUGCAGACAACCAAGAAGUGCAGAGGAUUCUGGAAGAUUACAAGAUAAUAGUUCGUCAAGAAAAGAAGAGGAUUCUUGUAACUCGCCAAGAACUGAAGAUUCUAGCCAUGAAGAUCCUUACAGAACUGGCUUUGGACUCGUCUACCAAUCUCAGCACGGAUACCCUAGGAAGUUUCAUAAUGAAUCAGCUGGAGAUCUUCCUUGCCGAUGGAGGCCAACAAGAGCCUGUGACCGAGCUCAUCAGUGAAUGCCCUCUUAAGACUACUUCUGGGAAAACACUUGCACUAUUAUCAAAGAGCAAAGAUUAUUCCUGCAUCAUUAGCAAAUGUGGUGACAUCUUUUAUCGUCUCAUUCAAAAAUUUGAUGACUCUAGCAUGGUACACAGAACAACAGCAGCAGAGAUCUUGGAGAAUUUGUGCACUCAUCAUACAUUGGAAGUGGAAUUUCUGAAGGAAACCUUGCUACCAGAGGUCCUCGGAGCAAUACUGACCGAUGAAAGAAAACUGAAGAUAGAAGAAGCUCAAAGCAGAACGUAUGCCCCGGGACACGAUGAAGAAAACUAGAAUGGAAAAAAGCAACUGACCAAAUCAAAACAGAAUAUGGAUCAGUCUGUCGUGAAUGAAGGAGAUGAAAUGCAAACCGAUCUAAAGAGUUUGCAAGAAGCACUGUUAUCCCUUCUAUUGCAGAUAAACAACUUGAUUGGUGCAGAUAGUGUUGCUCUCGUGGUUCGAGAGAAAGCCCCGGGAGAGGGCGCAUUUGUGUCGUAUCUCAAGACUGUAGUAGAAGAAAACUAUGAAGACAUCACACCUACCUCUCUGAGAAUAGUCAAACUCUGCGGUCAGAUUGCCAUGUCAAUGGUUCAGCACAACCUGUCCACUGCACACUUCAAGAAACAGAAAUUUGUGCAGUCACUUUCAACGGCUUCGGAUAAUAUGUCUGAACUUGAAAGUUGCAUGCUCGUAACUGGUACUAAUUACCCAAUGAAGCCUGUCAGGCCUCUGCUGUCUGCCGUUGUGUCUGACCUGGAGAAAAGACUCACACAAGCAUUCAUGCCCGUGAGUUAGCAAGAUUAGUGUCUCGUUACCAUUAUCGCGGACACACUUGCAACUUCCUUUCAUUUUUUUUCUAAACUGUCUUCAUUCAAAAGCAACACGCUGUUGCCUGAAUAAUUAUACUUCUUUUAUCCAAAAAGAAGUGCGACACUUAUGAUUUGUUUGUGCUUGGAAUAACUAACUGUUAUAGAAUAUCUAUA